GGAUUUCUUUCAGAAUUCUACUGAUGCUAGUAGCUGGGAAUUUAGUACAUCAGAAAAUGUCUUCGAAUCAAACAAAUUCGUCAUCAUUAAAUUUAAUCGAAGAAACCCCCAACGUCUUAGCUCCUGUGAUUCUCUUAAUUCUAGGAGCCAUUGGCAAUGGAUUAGCAUUCACCAUUCUUUGCCAUCUUUCGUUGGAUCACAAAUGGCGUCCGUUCUACAGAUUCGUCUGCGUCCUCACAAUUAACGACUUCUUUGGAGUGGUUCUAGCUGCACCAUUCGGAAUUGCAAGAUACGCAUCCAACUUUACUUUUACUUUCACCCAGCCUCUUUGUGACUACAUGGCAUUCAUUCAGAUGCUUGCAAUUUUGAACUCAGCGUUUAUCGUAUUCUCUAUGUCACUUGACAGGUUCUUUGCGAUCGUUUUUCCAUUCAAAUACAGCAUCUCAGAUAAAGAAAGACGAGCACACGUGUUACUACUACUUGGAGGAAUUUUGUCUGUUCUCUUGUCGUCUGUUCACAUUUUGGCGGGAAGGUCAAGUCGGAGUUUUUAUCCGGGUUCCUGGUGUUUUGUAGAUUUCAAGUCAGACUAUUGGAUUGAUCGAGGCAUCUCUCUAGCUUAUUCUUCUACAGGGUUUAUCCUGCUAUCCUUAAUCAUGGUACUGAACUGCAUAGUUAUCAUCACAUUGCUCCGACAAAGCUUCGCCGGAAGUGAAGUUGCAAAGCAGAGAAUUUCCAGUAAGAACAGCAAGCAGAUGGUAGUGCUUCUAUUAGCUGUUGUCGUCCUUUUUGCGAUCUGCAUCAUACCAUUGCUGAUAAACGUUUUUGCACGCUCUCUUCGUAUCCUGGGCGGUAUGGACAACUUUGAACUCAUUGGCCUCCGACUAGCUUACACUAAUGCUGUUCUUAAUCCCUGGCUAUAUAUUUUAAUCAGAAAGGAGACGAUAUCAUUUCUAAAGAAACUUUUGAAUCUCAGAAAAUGUCAUACUACAAAAGAGGAACAAAAUUGAUAUUUUUCAUAUUUUCAUUAAAUCAAAUUAUAUGUGUUUAUAUAAUAAGUCAUCACUGCAUCUUAUACAAAGAAAGAUAUUAAUGCAUGCAUAUAUUUUCAACCUUAUUGUGUUGUCAGCCAGUGUAGAUCUGAUGUUUUUAUUUUUACUUCAUGAUUGCAGAGAGAGAGAGAGGGGGGGGGGGAGAGCGGGAAGAAAUGGACUUUUAUGCAUACAAGAUGAAAACAGUCUUUUUUCUCAAUGCUACCGGUUCCUGAAAGAUCUAUAAUUUCCAUAAUUUUUUGUAACAGAAACAAUCACUAAAUUAUUCAGUGAAAUAAAUGAAUUAACUGUGUUAA